GAAGAGGGAUAACACACACACUCACACCACUCAGAGGCGUGGAACCAGCAGAAGCAACACUCCGACUGCAGCGCUGCACAAACACACACACGGAUAACUCUGUAACCAUGGUGGACCACCUGACGUUCUCUCAGGAGAACCGCGACCGCAUCUGUGCCGUGCAGAACUCGUUUGGCCCGUCGGGGAAGCCGCUGCUGGAGACAAACCGAGUCCUCAUCGGAGAGGGCAGGCUGAUGAAGAUGAGCCCCCGCGGCGGCCCGCAGCCCAAAGUCUUCUUCCUCUUCAACGACGUGCUGGUGUACGGCAGCAUCAUCCUCAACGGCCGCUGGUACAAGAAGCAGAAGAUCAUCCCUCUAGAGGAGAUCCAGCUGGAGGAGCUGGAGGACGGACUCAAAAUGAAGAACCAGUGGUUGAUCCGAACGCCGCGCAAGUCUUUCUACGUGGGAGCCUCGUCGCAGGGGGAGAAGCAGGCGUGGGUCGACCACAUCCGGGACUGCCAGGCUGCCCUGAUGCAAGGCGGCGGCCGCCGGGCCAGCUCCGACUUCGCCGUCACCUGGAUCCCCGACAAGGCCUCGGCCAUCUGCAUGCGCUGCUCCAACAGGUUCUCCCUGACCCAGCGGAGGCACCACUGCCGCAGGUGCGGCUUCGUGGUCUGCGCCGCGUGCUCCAAGGCUCGGGCGGUGAUCAGGCACAUGCACCCCACCAAGCCCCAGCGGGUGUGCACCCUGUGCUACUCCGUCCAGAGCAGCGCCUGGUCCUCGGAGAAGACGGGCUCCGAGGAGGACGAGGUGGAGACGUCCAGCGAGGAAGAGGAGGUGGAGGAGAAGAGCCAGGAGGCGGGGGAGCCCAGCCGGUGGUUGGACUCUGGCAUGGAUCCCUGGUCUGUUUACGUCUACUUAAAGCCAGAGCACAGGAAGCCUCAGACGUACAGCUCAUGAGGGGCGUUUACCGCCGGAGACCUCGGACGAUACUGGACAAUAAACUACAUCCCUCCUCUUGCAAGGACUAACUGCUUUGUACUUUAUUUAUUUAUUUGGGAACUGUGUGAUCACGGAUCUUUUUUUAUAAAAUGCUGAAACACUCCUGCAGUGAAGCUUGACAGCCUCUGUGUAAAUAGGAGCAUGGGAAGCUAAGCCCUGCUCCACGUUUGUCUUUGAUACUAAACCACAAAAUAAAGAAUUCAUUUUGUUCACGAA